CGCUCAGCUGAUUUCACAGUCAGUUCCACGCAAAUGUAUAUCGCGGGAGGACCUGUGUGCGUCCACACCCAGAUGGGCAUAUUCGUUUACGAUAAGGACACCUUUCGGAUUGUGACAUAGUAGUGGGAGUUUGUGGCUAUUGAUUGCUAUCAGUGAUCUUUAUUCUCGUGAACUGGCUGUGUCUGAAAUAUUUAUUUUCCUAAACUUUUCUUAAAACGUUAUUUGACUGCACUUAGGAUUGUCCACUAGAUAUCAGGAGUAGAUCUUUUUUCUAAAGUGUUCAAGAUGUCGACUGGAAAGCGUUUAGCGAAGCGGUCCAUCCUGGGUACGCGCGUUGCCUGCUGUCUGGAUGAUGGAAAAUAUUACUCGGGAGUUAUAUGUGCGGUAAAGACUGUCAACGAAGGAGGUCCUCCAGUGUACUCCGUGAGGGUGGAGGGCGAGAGGCGUGCCAGGGAGGUUCGAGAGGGCGAUCUGGUGGGCAGUGGCUUCACGCCCGUUGGCUCUGUGAAGCUUCGCUCUGGGCAGAAAGUAUACAUAACUCACAAUAACCGCGAAGUGUCGGGCAGUGUCCUCUACCACAGACCGAACAUCGACGAGGUCCUCAUCUCCGUCAUCAGCCCUGAG